GCACCCAAUAGUCGGCCACAACACAUUUGAAACAAACACAUACAACUUUAUUUCCUUCAUCUUAAAGCUCAACAUAAGAUAGCUAGUCAUAUUAUGGAUAGAGUAAGUGAAUUGGCAAGGGCAAAGGCAGCCGUAAUAUUCACCAAGAGCUCAUGCUGUAUGUGUCACAGUAUAAACACACUCUUCCAUGAUCUUGGAGCAAGCCCCGCGGUUUAUGAGCUAGACCGCGAGACUAGUGGCCGAGAAAUGGAGUGGGCGCUACAGCGACUAGGCUGCAGUCCUACUGUUCCGGCUGUGUUUAUAGGUGGCAAGUUUGUUGGGUCUGCUAAGGACGUACUUGGAGCUCACCUUAAUGGCUCCCUAAGAGAUAUGCUUAUUGAAGCAAAAGCUAUCUGGUUCUAGUACAUAUAUAGUGAUGAACCAAGGAUUUAAUUUUUAUAAAGCUAGAUUUUGUAAUCAAAAGCUUAAUAUUUUUUAGUGAGCUUUUGAUGACCACAUUAAUUGUAUAACAGUACAUUUGGGUGGUCUGUAUGUCAAGUGACUUUCCCUAGUUCCACCAUAUUUUAGUAUGGGGUUUUAUACCUUCAUAAGCAUGGAUAUCAUUCGGAAAGCACAUGCAUAACUCUUUCCUUCCAUAUGACAGCUGAUCUGAGUUACCUUAAAUUUUAACAGCAACAAGUUAACUAAAUCGAUAGUCAUGUAAUAUUAUGGCCUUCCUCAAAUGUCAUUUUUAAGUGAAGAUAACAAUGUUGUUUUCCCUCA